UCAGCCUGGCGGUUCUACCUCCGAGGGUUCACCCGCCCUUGGUUUUCCUUACACCUUCGCCUUUGGCUCCUUUGACCACUCGAAGCCCCACAGCGGGUUCCAGCGGACUUCACCAGCGGACCCAGAAGUGGUGGGUGAAACACAGCCUCUGUUCCUCCUUGAGCCUGUGGGGAGCUGCUGCCUGCCGCCAUCAUGUCUGCUGCAAAUCCUGAGACUCCCAACUCAACCAUCUGCAGAGAGGCCAGCACCCAGUCUUCAUCAGCUGCGGCUAGCCAAGGCUGGGUCUUACCAGAAGGCAAAAUCAUGCCAAACAGUGUUUUUGUUGGUGGAAUUGAUGAUAGGACGGAUGAAGCUGAGAUCAGAAGCUGCUUUGGUAGAUACGGUUCAGUGAAAGAAGUGAAGAUGAUCACGAAUCGAAGUGGUGUGUCCAAAGGCUAUGGAUUUGUUUCAUUUGUUGAUGACGUGGAUGUCCAGAAGAUAGUAGAAUCACAGAUACAUCUCCAGGGUAAAAAGCUGAAGCUGGGCCCUGCAAUCAGGAAACAAAAGUUCUGUGCUCGUCAUGUGCAGCCAUGUCCUUUGGUAUUUAAUCCUCCUCCUCCACCACAGUUUCAGAACGUCUGGAGGAAUCCAAACACUGAAACUCGCCUGCAGCCCCUAAUCACGCUGAAUCCUGUAACUCAGUACGUUCAGGCUUAUCCUGCUUACCCAAAUUCAGCAGGUCAGGUCAUCACUGGAUAUCAGUUGCUUGUAUAUAAUUAUCAGGCACAUCCUACUUACCCAAAUUCAGCAGUUCACGUCAUCACUGGAUAUCAUUUGCCUGUGUAUAAUUAUCAGUCUGCUGCAAAUCCUGAGACUCCCAACUCAACCAUCUGCAGAGAGGCCAGCACCCAGUCUUCAUCAGCUGCCGCUAGCCAAGGCUGGGUCUUACCAGAAGGCAAAAUCAUGCCAAACAGUGUUUUUGUUGGUGGAAUUGAUGAUAGGCCGGAUGAAACUGAGAUCAGAAGCUGCUUUGGUAGAUACGGUUCAGUGAAAGAAGUGAAGAUGAUCACGAAUCGAAGUGGUGUGUCCAAAGGCUAUGGAUUUGUUUCAUUUGUUGAUGAUGUGGAUGUCCAGAAGAUAGUAGAGUCACAGAUACAUCUCCAGGGUAAAAAGCUGAAGCUGGGCCCUGCAAUCAGGAAACAAAAGUUCUGUGCUCAUCAUGUGCAGCCGCGUCCUUUGGUAGUUAGUCGUCCUCCUCCACCACAGUUUCAGAACGUCUGGAGGAAUCCAAACACUGAAACUUGCCUGCAGCCCCUAAUCACGCUGAAUCCUGUAACUCAGUACGUUCAGGCUUAUUCUACUUACCCAAAUUCACCAGGUCAGGUCAUCACUCGAUAUCAGUUGCCUUUAUAUAAUAAUCAGUUAAUUGAACAGGGAAUGCCACCACAGCGGCCUGUUGGGGAGCAAAGGAGUUAUGCUGUACCUCAGGCAUAUCCUACUUAUCCAAAUUCAGCAGUUCACGUCAUCACUGGAUGUCAUUUGCUUUCUGCUGCAAAUCCUGAGACUCCCAACUCAACCAUCUGCAGAGAGGCCAGCACCCAGUCUUCAUCAGCUGCCGCUAGCCAAGGCUGGGUCUUACCAGAAGGCAAAAUCAUGCCAAACACUGUUUUUGUUGGUGGAAUUGAUGAUAGGACGGAUGAAACUGAGAUCAGAAGCUGCUUUGGUAGAUACGGUUCAGUGAAAGAAGUGAAGAUAAUCACAAAUCGAAGUGGUGUGUCCAAAGGCUAUGGAUUUGUUUCAUUUGUUGAUGACGUGGAUGUCCAGAAGAUAGUAGAGUCACAGAUACAUCUGCAGGGUAAAAAGCUGAAGCUGGGCACUGCAAUCAGGAAACAAAAGUUCUGCGCUCGUCUUGUGCAGCCACGUCCUUUGGUAUUAAAUCCUCCUCCUCCACCACAGUUUCAGAACACCUGGAGGAAUGCAAACACUGAAACUUGCCUGCAGCCCCUAAUCACGCUGAAUCCUAUAACUCAGUAUGUUCAGGCAUUUCCUGCUUAUCCAAAUUCACCAAUUCAGGUCACCACUGGAUAUCAGUUGCCUGUAUAUAAUUAUCAGAUGCCACCACAGUGGCCUGUUGGGGAGCAAAAGGGGCCUUAUUCAGCGCUUAACUAUCACUGUGGAGAAGUUGAUACAGGAGGUGAUGUUGUGCCAAAUGAAUGCUCAAUUCAUGAAGCUACCACACUCUCUGGAAAUGGCCCACAGAAGAAAUCUGUGGACCGAAGCAUACAGAUGGUGGUAUCUUGUCUGUUUAAUCCAGAGAGCAGACUGAUAAAUUCUGUUGUUACUCAAGAUGACUACUUCAAGGAUAAAAGAGUGCAUCGCUUCAGAAGAAGUUUGACAGUAUUUAAAUCUGUUUGAUCCUCUCAGCUGUCUAGUUUUGUGGGAAGUUGGUGGUUUUGAAUAUUAAGCUAAAAGUUUUCCACUGUUCCAGAAAUUCUGAAUUUUGGUAAAUCACACUGAAACUUUCUGUAUAAGUUGUAUUAUUAGACUCUCUAGUUUUAUCUUACAUUGAAACUGUUCUUCCUUAGAUGUUUAUUUAGAACCUGGUUCUGUGUUUAAUAUAUAGUUUAAAGUAAAAAAUAAUUGAGACUGAAAGAA